AUAUAUAUAUAUAAUAUAUUUAUUGGUUUUAGUAAUUAAAUUUAAUUUUUAAGUGUUUGUUGGAGGAUUUUGUACUUAAAUACUAAUUACUAGUACAAUUUAUAUGACUAUCAGUUAACACGUGUCACUUGUCAGACAUUUCGGAUAUUUAGUUGAAUAAGGUUAAUACGGAACAUUGGUGCUCGUUGCGGAAAUAUAAAUAAACGAUGUUGUUAAAGAGACUACAAUCAAAACGGUUCCUCAUAAUAUUGGCCAUAUCUAUUAUUGUCAUCAUAGCGGUUUCAUUGUUGGCUGUAUAUAUCCAUUAUGAUAAACCAUCGAAGCUGGAUAUAAUUCCAGAUCCAAAUGAACCGUUGCCGCCCUCUAGUAUGCCAAUGGGUGUCUACGAUAAGGUAGGAGUUGUAUCCAAUGGAGAACCUUGCGCUGAGAUUGGACGGAAUGUUUUGGAAAAAGGUGGUAACGCUAUUGAUGCGAUUAUAGCAACCUUGAUAUGUGAUGGUGUUCACUGUCCGGAAUACAUGGGGCUGGGCGGAGGAUUUUUGAUGACUAUUUACAAUGGAACUACUAAAACGGCAACAGCAGUCAAUGCACGUGAAUCGGCACCAGCCGCUGCCAAUGAGACUAUGUUUGUUAAUGAUUCAAUAAAAUCUCAAAUAGGAGGAUUGGCAAUCGCUAUACCAGGAGAACUUAAAGGGUAUUGGACUGUUUUUAACAAAUACGGCAGCGGUGAAGUUACGUGGAGCUCAUUAUUUGAGCCGACUAUAAAGCAAUGCGAAGAAGGCAUUGCCGUUAGUCAACGCUUGGCAAAAAAUAUGGCAAAUAAUGAAGAGUUAAUAAAAAAUUCUACAACACUCAAGAAACAUUUUUUUGAUGAAAAAACCGGUCGUGUGAAGAAAGCCGGAGAUAUUUAUAAACUACCGGAACUGGCCGAAACCAUGAGAAUCGUAGCAAAACACGGAGCGGAUGCACUAUAUAAUGGAGAAUUGACACAACAACUCAUAGAAGACAUUAAAGACGCCGGUGGUAUAAUAACAGCGGACGAUUUAGCAAACUACAAUGUUGAGGUUGAAGAUGCGUUCAACGUGACAAUGAGUAACGGGGUUACACUACACGCUGGACCACCUCCAGGUUCUGGUGUAAUAUUGGCUCAUAUUUUACGGGUAUUAGAUGGAAAACUACCAGCACCGAAUGCAGGACUGGACGCCCAUCGUUUGGUGGAAGCAUUCAAAUUUGCAUACGGCGAAAGGACUCAUCUCGGAGAUCAUAACUUCGUUAACGUUACUGAGAUUUUUAGAAAAAUCCAAUCGGCCGAUUACAUAAAUGAAAUUCAGAACAAAAUGAACGAUCAUUUCACAUCGUUGGACCCGGUGUAUUAUGGAGCUGAUUUCGGAAUACCUGCUGACCAUGGUACCGCAAACGUGGUCGUGUUGGACGCUCUGGGCAAUGCCGUUGUUGCUACGAGUACUGUGAACACAAUAUUCGGCUCCAUGCUUAUGUCUAAGGGCACAGGAAUUAUUUUGAAUAGCGAGAUGGACGACUUCUCAACACCGGGCGUUCCAAAUUAUUUUGGAAUUCCGCCAUCCCCAGCAAACUACAUAGCACCAAGAAAAAGACCAAUGUCUUCGAUGUGUCCAGCAAUAAUAACAAACAGUGAAGGAGAUGUUGUGCUAGCAUUUGGAGCAGCGGGUGGAUCUAAAAUCACACUGGCCACCUCUUACGUGGCUUCUCUAGUACUCUGGAGUAACAAAACGCUUAAAGAAGCUGUAGACGAGCCCAGACUUUACCAUCAAUUAGUGCCAAUGAGAAUUGAUUAUGAAUAUGGCGUACUUAGGGAUGUGAUUAAAAAUUUAACAGACGUUGGUCAUCCGGUAAAGAGACUGAAGGUUCGAGGAGGGUCAGCUGUUACAGCUAUUCACAGGACAACAGGUGGAAAAAUAACGGCUAUGGCAGACUUUAGACGACCUGGAAACAUUUCAGGAUUUUAAGACAAAUCUCUAGUUUGUUGUAUGACAUACAUUAGAAGUUCCUACAUUUAAAUUGAUCAAAAAAAACAUUACUUUAUAACAAGUAUUGUUAGAAUAAAAUGUUUAACGAAGAUUGACCUAAUGUAAUAAACACAUACGUGUGCAUUGUAUGUAUGAUACCUAUACAUAUAUUAUACAUAAAUUCAAUAAAAUAAGGUUUUUGCUUAAUAUUUGUAGCAUAAGUGAUAUUAGUAUUACAUAUU